GGCAAUCGAAACAACAAAAAAAGAGUGACAGCCAAAAAAAGCAGCCAGCUGAGGAAAUUUGCAAAAAUUUUAUACAUUAAAGCUAUUGUACAAAACAGUCCAGUUUAAUACACUCAACAUGUUGAUCAAAGUCAAGACCCUGACUGGCAAGGAAAUCGAAAUUGACAUUGAGCCCACAGACAAGGUGGAUCGAAUUAAGGAACGCGUGGAAGAGAAGGAGGGCAUUCCGCCGCAACAACAACGUUUGAUUUUCUCCGGCAAACAGAUGAAUGAUGACAAAACCGCAGCGGAUUACAAAGUGCAAGGAGGAUCUGUCCUUCAUUUGGUUUUGGCUCUACGAGGCGGUGAUUUCAAUUCGAUAUUUUGUCUCUAACUAAUUUUGUUUAAAAUCGAAAGUAAUUCAUUUCAAAUUCACUCAAAAAUAUUACGCUUGAGAAGCAUCAUAAUGAAGUAAAAUAUUUUAUAACUAAAGCAAAUAUUGUAUUUCUUUCAUGUUGAUUGAAAGGCACUGUGAAUUUAAAUAGAACCCAAUAAUUGAGAUCCUA